AUGCAUCUUUCCCAGGACCUGUCAUAUCUUCUCUUAAUUAACAAACACUUCACUGCCUCCACCACACCCUGUCAACACUUCACUACCUCCACCACACCCUGUCAACACUUCACUACCUCCACCACACUGUCAACACUUCACCACCUCCACCACACUGUCAACACUUCACCACCUCCACCACACUGUCAACACUUCACCUCCAUCACACUGUCAACACUUCACCACCUCCACCACACUGUCAACACUCCACCACCUCCACCACACUGUCAACACUUCACCAUCUCCACCACACUGUCAACACUUCACCACCUCCACCACACUGUCAACACUUCACCACCUCCACCACACUGUCAACACUUCACCUCUACCACACUGUCAACACUUCACCUCCACCACACUGUCAACACUCCACCACCUCCACCACACUCUGUCUUGAUCUAA